AGUACGAGUACGUACUCGUACCGGUACCUCCGAUUAGAGCUGGCAACAGCAAACAAGCACCUCUGGCGAACAACCAAGACCUUGCCGCCGAGAGACCAUCGUACUACCGCUACAACCAAAGCAACCGAAGAGCAAAGAAAGAAAGAGAGGGCAUCGCACCUACCGCACAAAGCAUUCCAACCCAGAAAGACAAGGCAAACCGUAGAGAUGAAAGGGCUUCGAACCCGAAAGGGCGGCCUCGGGGUCGUGCGGUCCUUGGCAACGGCCGCCGCAAUCCUGUCGAUCGCAGCAAGGACGGAACAAGGGCCCGGACCGAACACGACGCCGGCGGUCGAUGCCCUUUCCUUCCAAAGCGGGAGACACACCCGCAACCACCGCCGCGAUGCCUUCCGCAGCAAGCAUUCUUCCCCGCCGUUGCCCGCUCUCGCUUCCGCGGCCUUGUCGGUCGAUGGUGGAGGCGGCGACGGGGACAGCAAUCCUUUGUACGACGACGACGACGGCGACGAGACCACGCCGGUCGACGAGGAGGUCGACGUUGCAAUCAUCGGUGCCGGGAUCGGUGGGCUGGCAGCGGGGGCCAUCCUCAACACGGUCUACCACAAAAAGGUCGGGGUGUACGAAUCGCACUACCUGCCGGGCGGGUGUGCCCACGCCUUUGAACGGCUGGCGCCCCGGGCAGCGGCAACCGCCGGCGACGCCCCGCGGAAGCCCCCCCUCCGGUUCACCUUUGACUCGGGACCGACGAUCGUUCUGGGGUGCUCGCAAAAGCCCUUCAACGGCCUCCGGCAGGUGCUGGACGCCGUCGGUCAAUCGGUCGAUUGGAUUCGGUACGACGGCUGGGGGAUGAUCGAGCGCCCCCGGUCCGCCGACGCUUCGGUCCGGUGGAAGUGCGAACUGGGACCCGAGACCUUCCAGCAGGGCCCGCUCCUCGAAUUCGGGGGCCCAGAGGCCGUCGAAGAAUUCGAGGCCCUCCGCGAAAAGACCAAAGACCUGGUCGUCGGGGUGGGCAUUCCCGCCGCGGCGAUGCGGCCGGGGUCCACCGCCCUGAUCCCCCUGCUGAAAUACUUUCCGACGCUCGUCCGGCUGCUCUCGGUCGGACCGGACAAGCUCACGGGGACCUUUGCCCCUUACAUGGACGGGCCCGAGUUCACCGUCAAAAGCCCGUGGCUGCGGGACUGGCUGGACGCCCUGGCCUUUUCCCUCAGCGGGCUGCCCGCCUCCCGAACCGCGGCGGCCGCCAUGGCCUUCAUCGUGGACGACAUGCACCGGGAGGGCGCCGCCCUGGACUACCCGAGGGGGGGCUUCGGGGCCGUCAUCGACGCCCUGUGCCGCGGCGUCGAGCAGAACAGCGGCGGAAGCUUGGGCAGCGGCGGCCCCUCCAAGAUCCACCUGCGGACGCACGUGGACAAGAUCGACUUUGCUCCCGACGGAUCCAGGGCGACCGGGAUCACCCUCUCGAACGGGAAACGGAUCGUGGCCCGGGAGGGGGUCGUUUGCAACGCGCCCGUCUGGACCCUCCGGAGCCUGAUCCGUUCCAAAGACGCCGGGGCCCUGGGCAGGCUGUCCGGGAUCCUUCCCGGACCACGGGGGGCCAGCGAAGGACCCCCGCAGACCUGGAUUCCCGACCAAGCGGCAGCGAAAGAACCGACCGCAGCCGGUGGAUAUUCCAUACGAACGACGAGGCCGCCGAAAGCAGGGAACACCGGCGGCGAAGAGAGCGACACGGGUGCACUCCUAGACGAAUGCGACAACGCCGAAAUGACGGGAUCGUUUCUGCACCUGCACGUUGCCAUCAACUCCACGGGACUGGACCUCGGCCAAAUGGAAGCCCACUACACCGUAAUGGAUCGUGGCCUCUCCGGAGAUCCGAACAUGGUGAUCAACGGCGUUCCCGACGGACCCUGCGGCGAACUCAACAUGAUUGCCGUGUCCAAUCCCUGCGUCAUCGAUCCCACCCUGGCUCCCGAGGGAUACAUGGUCCUCCACGCCUACGGCGCGGGAAACGAACCCUACGACGUUUGGGAAAAAUACCGCGACGACCGAAACUCCCCCGAAUACAAGCGCCUCAAGGAAGAACGCUCGGAGGUCUUGUGGACCGCCCUGGAGAGCGUCGUCCCGGACGUCCGGGAACGGGUCGUCCUCGAUCUGGUGGGGUCCCCCCUGACGCACGAGCGCUUCCUGCGGCGGCCGCGCGGGACCUACGGGUCGGCGACGGAAGACUACCUCAAGGACGGGAGCACGCCGAUCCCGAACCUUGUCCUGGCGGGGGACCAGAUCUUUCCCGGCAUCGGCAUACCGGCCGUGGCGAUCUCCGGUGCCAGUGCCGCGAACGCCAUGGUGAAUCCACUGAAGCACUGGACCGCCCUGGAUGCGCUGACGAAAGCCGGCAAAAUAUGAUCCCGGCACCGCGGAGCGGCUUCUUGAUUCAGAGUCGUGGCGAACCACGACAUUCCACAUCAAGGAGUGCUUGAAACGUUUGGUAUCUGUCGGCAAACAAAAUGUUUGUUCUGAGAUUGGAAGCCCAUCUCGAUGUCACAUCCCUUUCAUCUCGUGCUUGCCGAAAUGCAUUGAAAAACAAGGAGAAUGAAUUGAAAAUAGGAUGUGCAGUCGUGGAAAGUGGUAGGGCUCCUUGUUCGAAUUCAAUUGACCCUUUUUUGGAGAGGCAUAGUGAAAUCACUUCUCAAGCACAAUCACCAAAUUGAAAUAUACAAAAUAAGCUUCC